CUAUAUUUGUAGGUCAUGGCCUCAUUUGCUGUGGUAUUCUCACACUUUGCAAUUCUUUUGCUGUCUGUUUUGCCUUUGGGGAGUUCACUGAGCUUAGACUACUACGAGAAGACAUGUCCAGGUGUUGACUUCAUCGUUAAUAAAGCUGUCAGGAGUGCAGCUUACAAAGACAAGACUGUCCCUGCGGGACUCCUCCGGAUGCACUUUCAUGACUGUUUUAUAAGGGGCUGUGAUGCAUCUGUACUGCUGAAUUCAGUAGGUAACAACAAAGCUGAGAAAGAUGGGCCUCCUAAUUUAUCUUUGCACUCGUUUUUCGUGAUCGACAACGCAAAGAAAGAACUGGAAUCCUAUUGCCCCGGUGUUGUCUCUUGCGCUGAUAUUGUGGCUCUAGCUGCAAGGGAUGCAGUUGUGCUUUCUGGAGGCCCAACAUGGGAUGUUCCCAAAGGGAGAAAGGAUGGAAGGAUAUCAAAGGCUAGUGAAACAAUACAAUUGCCAUCUCCAAGGUUCAACAUUUCUCAGCUGCAACAAAGCUUCUCCCAAAGGGGAUUAUCCUUGGACGACCUAGUGGCUCUUUCAGGAGCACACACCUUGGGAUUUGCUCAUUGCUCAUCCUUUGAAGGUAGAAUUCGCAACUUCUGUCCAGCCAGCAACGUCGACCCUGAGAUGAAUCCGUCCUUUGCAGCAAGUCUAAGAAACACAUGCCCAGUAAACAACAAGGCUAAAAGUGCUGGUGCUUACAUGGAUACUUCAUCAACCACAUUUGACAACAAUUAUUAUAGGCUGAUACUCCAAAAGAAGGCCCUGUUUUCUUCUGACCAAGCUCUGCUAAACUUUCCUAAGACCAAGAAUCUUGUUUAUAAGUUUGCAAGUUCAAAGGAAGCUUUUAACCGUGCAUUUGUUAAUUCUAUGAUCAAGAUGAGUAGCAUCACUGGAGGUCAAGAGAUCAGGAAGAAUUGUAGGGCAGUGAACUAAGAGCUACUCCUAAUAGCUGUGUGUGUUUUGUUUGCGGGAGUAAAGUACCCAUAGCUAGCUUGUAUUCAGUACUGUUGAAAUCACGGUACAAAUGUGUUCUCAUAUAUUUCCACUAAUGGAAUGCCUUUAUUUUUGCCUUUA